CGGCAUAUCAGAGAACUUUUUCAAAAGCAAAACAGUUUCGAAUCGUACGUGAAACAGAGCAAAUCAUUUGCUGUCGACCAGCGAUCAACGCGAAGAAGUAAAGUGUUUAAAAUUUGAAAACGAAAAUAUAGAAAAUAGAUAAAAUUAUAUUUGUUGAUUAAUUGAAACCGAAAGCAAUAUAAAGGCGAACUCAAAAUGCACAGCAAAAUAUUGGAUGAGUUCAAUGAGAAUGGUUACCUUGUCAUAGAGGACUUUUUAACGCCCGAGGAGGUGGACACGCUGUACCAGGCAGGACGUACACUCUGCUUGGAUGCGCCACAAUCGAAUCGGAAAAUCUUUAGCACCCUCAAGGCAGAGGAUGCGCACAGCAAGGAGCUGUACUUCAUGGAGUCCGGCGAUAAGGUGCGCUACUUCUUCGAGCAGGGCGCAGUUGGGGAUGAGGGUCAGCUAAUUGUGGAUCCAAUGAAGGCGCUUAACAAAGUCGGUCAUGCCCUGCAUGUGGAGCAUCCCACCUUCAAUGCCCUGACCUUUAGCAAUCGCGUGCGUGAGAUUUGCUGGCAGUUGAAUUUCAAUCGUCCCGCCGUUUGUCAGAGCAUGUAUAUCUACAAGAAUUCCGGCAUUGGCGGUGAGGUGACCCCGCAUCAGGACUCGUGGUUCCUUCACACAGAGCCCAAUUCGGCAGUGGGCUUCUGGUUUGCCCUAGAGGAUUGCACGCUCCAGAAUGGCUGUCUGCAGUUCAUAAAGGGCUCACACAAGAGUGGCGUGCACCGUCGAUAUCAUCGCAAUCCCGACAAGGAUGCCAAAGAGCUAAUGGUUUACGAUCGUGCUGCUCCCGUUUAUCCCAAGUCCAGUUUUACCCCGCUGCAAGUCAGCAAAGGCACAUGCAUUGUCAUCCAUGGCAAUGUGGUACACAAGAGUGAACAGAAUCGCUCACAGAAGAGUCGACACGCCUACACCUUCCACGUAAUUGAGACUGAGAAUAAUGUGAAGUAUUCGGAGGAAAAUUGGUUGCAGGCGCCGCAGGACAAGCCCUUCCCCUUGCUGUUCGAGCGCAAGGCUUAGAAGUUCAACGGAAUCGCGAUUGUGAUCAUAUCACUGCUGUUUUUCGGUAUUUUUGCUUAUAAGAUUUGAGAUUUGAGUGUGUCAUUUGUGAAUGAUUAUGAAAUGAGAGCGCCAUAUGUUUUAAGUUGCUGUAUAUGUCGAAUUUUAUGAAAUUACAAUAAACAAAUAAAUUAAACAACAAAACAAAACA